AUGAAGGUUUUCAUUGGGUUUUUGCUGUUCGCCUUUGCAACUGCUGAUAUCUAUAAGUGGGUCGGCCUUCCCGAACAGAAUUUUAAACUGCUUGAUAACUUGCUGAACGAUGAAAAAUUCACAAGCAAAGGAUCGCUCGAGUCAUUAAAGCCUGGCCUUGGAAAUUUGCGCAUGAGCGACGAUGGCGAGGAGAAAGAGGGAAGUGGAGAAGGGUCAGGGGAACCAGAAGGCUCUGGAGCUGGGAAACCACCUCCAUUUAAAGAAACCAUCGAGGAUUUAGUUGAAUCGCUUCAUACUAUCAUACCAGCUUUGAAAAUACUGAAGGAGGCAAGGGACAAAAAAAAUCACGAGUAUGCACAGGAGCUUGUAAAAGCGAUCAAGAAUGGGGCAGAUGAUGAAUCCAUCAAAAAACUUUUGGGAUAUCAUGUAAUGAAACUGCACGAACGCUGUCAUCUCCUCAAACUGGCGUUUGCCCGCCAUGCAAAUCAAUCAGGCUUAUUGGACCACCUGAGUUCGGAUGACCUGGAUUUCACCCAGAUGAUGGGGAAAGUCAUUGGAGCAGCUGAAAAAUACGGCUUUGAUGUGUUCCAAGCAUUUGUGUACAUUGUACGCAUAAAAGGACUUCACAACCAUCCUGGAGCAAGGGCUAUCAUGGCAGUUGGAGGUUUGGUGGCCGAUGUAGCAUGUGAAACCAAAUUAGAUGGUCUCUUAAAUAUAGUUGGGAAAAUGAUAGAGAAGGAGGACAAGGACGGUGACUACGACCUCUCGGACAAGUUUAUUCCAUUCCUGUACAGCCAAAAGAGCAAGUUUUGCAAAGGAAAUUUGAUCCAGUCCUUGAAACCAGAAAAAAGCAUGAAAGCCAGAUUUCUCAAGCUCGUAUUUUCAUAUUGCAAAGAAGUGAAAUUCGUCAGAUUUGCGGUCAGCACGUUGUUGGAUGCGAUCAAGCUCUCCAAAAAAGUGCAAAUUUUGCAUAAGGUGGAGGGGAAACGCUUUCAAGGAAUGAUGAAAGCCGUAGCAGCCAAUAUGGCAAGUAAUAAGAAAGACAAAGCUUUCUUAGUCGUCGGUGACUAUGUUGUGGACAACAUGAGAAGAGCGCUUCUGAUUGGUCUUGCUGUGCAUAAAGAACUGAAGAAGGGCGAAGAGAAGAGCGAAGAGAAGAGCGAGGAGCCUGGCGAGGAGAAGAGCGAGAAACCGAUAGGUGACAAGUUGAAAAGGCUUGCCGAUUUCGUGGAGGAGGAACUGGAUCAGCUACCCGACACUCUCAAACCCGCUUCUCGCCAUUAA